AUGGCUCCUCAUGCUGCAGACAUCGAUACUUCUCCUGUAACCGCUACCGACGACCAGGUUCCAAGCUCUAAACUCGCUGCGGCUGGCAUCUCCCCCAACAAGACAGAGGCCACUCCACUGAUUAAGCCUCUAAAUUAUGGAGGGAGUCUUGACGAAUACCCAUCCUUCGAUGUCACCUCUGUGAUUGGAAGAGAAUUCCCUACCGCAAGCAUCCUGGAAAUCUUGAAGGACGAUGCGAAAAUCAGAGUUCUUCGCAAUCACGGGUAUGUAAUAAACCACACAGACGCGAUUUCAGGAGAAAUGGAAAGACUGAAUAUGACACAAACAGCUUUGGAGCGCGGAGUUGUGUUCUUUCGUAACCAAAACGACCUCACCUUUGAGGAUCAGAAGACUCUUGGGCAAAAGCUGGGUGAGCUAACGGGAAAGCCUGACACUUCGAAGCUUCACCGACAUGCACUUCUGAACGGCCAGAGGGGUAUCGCUGUCGACGGGAAUGGAAAUAAGCUUGAUGAUGAGAUCUCAGUUAUCUCAUCCGAGCAAUUAAGAAAGUUUUAUAAGGAACGAUUCAGUCCCCAUGCGAAGAGGACUGCAAGCGAAGGAUGGCAUGCGGACAUUACGUUUGAACAUGUACCAUCCGAUUACGCCAUACUCCAGAUCAAAACUCUCCCAGAAGAUGCGGGUGGGGACACGUUGUGGGCAUCAGGGUAUGAAGUAUACGACAGGUUGUCUCCAACUUGGCAAAGAAUAGCAGAUGGGCUCACCGCAACUCAUUAUGCACCUGGAUUCCUCGACGUUAAAAAUGAUCAUGGAGUUGGUUUGAUCGAUGAAACAGAGGUUCUCCUGACAACAGAGGUUUGGAUUUCAAAGCAGAACAUUGUGCGCACCAAACCUGUGACUGGGUGGAAGAGCAUUUUCGGAGCAGGGCAGCAGAUUAACAAGGGCUGGAUCAACGAUGUUACAGAGCGCGAGAGCAACCUCAUCAAAGACUACUUUCUGGAGUUGAUUGCCCAGAAUCAUGAUUUGCAAGUUCGAUUCAAGUGGAACAAGAACGACGUAGCGAUUUGGGAUAAUCGUUCCGUGUUUCACACGGCCACGAAUGACUCUGACGGCAAACGGCAAGGGAACCGUGUCGUGUCUAUUGGCGAGAAGCCAUAUUUUGACCCAAAUUCUGCGUCUCGUCAGGAGGCACUUACAGCUCGUAGUGGUUAG